UCGAGUUGUCUCCAUCUAAAAAAAUCCCCCGAAAUUCAAAAACUUUGGCUGCUUGUACAACGUACCAUGUACCUCGUAUCUGCACGUUCCUUCUCUUGCUUCCACAAAAAUGCCCAGGUCCCUUCCCUCCCUCCCAACCGUCCACUUCUUCAGCCCUUUUUCUUUUUCCUUUCCUCCUCCUCUCGUUCCUUCAGAUUGCAGUUUCGGUAUUUAGUAGGAGCUCCUUGAACAUAUUUAAUUCUUCGUCCAAAAAGCCAUUUCAUUCGGUGCAUGUGUUCUUUGGCGUUUCAUUUCAGUUCUGAAUGGCCAUUGCUUUUCCAUUAAAUUUCGUGACUUUUAUAUUCAUCUCUAUGUAUACAGAGAAGGGCUUUCUCUGAUGAAAUUCCUGCAUUCAACCCCCCCUUCCCGUCUCUCUCUCUCUCGCUCGCUCUCUCUGAUUUGUUAUUUUCUUGGGCUGUUCGGAGGAACUAUAGAUCCAUGCUCCUGAACCGAGUGCUUCAACUCUUUUUGCGUUAAAAAUCUCUCCUUGAUCUGCUUUUGGGCCGUGGAUUUGCUGCUUUUUUUUUUUUUAUGUCAAGUUUCAAUCUUGUCAUAGAGAGUUUGAAGCUUGAAGGAACUAAAGUUUCACCGAUGCUAACAGCUCAUCUGAUGGCUCUCUCUCCUUUCGGUGUCAGCUAUUAAUGGUGUGUUGACAUAUGUGGGCACUUGUUCAAGACUCCUGGGAUAGAUAGUGGUUUGGGUCUAGAAGGCCUUUGCCAAAUGUUCUCAUCCUACUGGAGCUUCUCUAUGUUUUAUGUUUAAGCAAUUGAGGGUUCUGGGGAUAUGGGGCUUUUUUUUAAUUGGAUCUGAGGGUAAAUGCUGAGGAAGCAAAUGGUUGUUGGAAAUUAGCUUUUAGUUCACGUGUUCACAGGUUUUGCUUAGAGAAGCCUCUGGUGCAACUCUAAUGUUUCUGUGAUGGGGUGAAUUCUGUGAUUCUUCACUGUCCAUACGUGCCAGUUUCCUCUGAAUUGUUUAGAACUCUAGCAACAGAAGCUCAUCUUCCAAUCCAAAUGGAGCAUUCUGCUGCUGUGUGGGAUUACAAAACCGCAGUCGAAAUGACAAAGGACUGGAAUGGGAUUGACCAUGUCGUGCUUCGGAGUCCACAAGGGGCUUCAUUGCGGGUUAGUAUGCACGGAGGGCAGGUGACAUCAUGGAGGAAUGAGCAAGGCGAAGAGCUCCUAUUCACUAGUAGUAAGGCAAUUUUUAAGCCUCCCAAAGCAGUGAGGGGAGGAAUUCCCGUGUGUUUCCCUCAGUUUGGCAAUUGUGGAUUGCUGGAGCAGCAUGGUUUUGCCAGGAACAAAAUUUGGACAGUUGAUGAUAAUCCUCCACCCCUGCCCUUGACUGAUUCUCAAGGCAAAUCCUUCAUUGACCUAUUGCUUAAGCCUAUUGAAGAAGACGUAAAGGGUUGGCCUCAUAGUUUUGAGCUUCGCCUUCGGGUUUGCCUUGCAAUCAAUGGUGAUCCGAGCUUAAUAUCGCGAGUCAGAAACAUCAAUGGAAAGCCAUUUAGUUUCUCAUUUGCGUAUCACACAUAUUUAUCAGUUUCUGACAUCAGUGAAGUGAGAAUUGAAGGAUUGGAGACGCUUGACUAUCUAGACAACCUUUGCCAAAGGGAACGCUUCACAGAACAGGGGGAUGCCAUAACUUUUGAGUCAGAGGUGGAUCGAAUCUACUUGAGUUCUCCAAAUGUAAUCGCGGUGCUUGACCAUGAGCGGAAGCGAACUUUUGUGAUCAGAAAGGAAGGUCUGCCAGAUGUCGUUGUAUGGAAUCCUUGGGAGAAGAAAUCGAGGGCGAUGGUGGAUUUUGGCGAUGAGGAGUACAAACAGAUGGUAUGCGUCAACGGUGCAUUGAUAGAAAAGCCAAUCACAUUGAAGCCAGGCGAGGAGUGGACAGGAAGAUUGGAUCUCUCGGUGGUCCGCUCAACUUUCUGCAGUGACCACCUUGAUUUCCAAACCAGAGGCCUCUGAAGACCACCGAAGUCGUCGUGGCCAUAUUUAUCUUUUUCCUGUCCUGUUUCUGAUGGCAGAGAACCAACCCAAGGCAUCGCUUUGGACCAGUGCUCAACCGGUAAGCCUGGGACAGUUGACAGUCCCAUACCCGACUCGCCAGUGUUAGUACACUAUUCCGGGCAUGCUAUAGAGAUA